UGACGUCAUGACGUACCGCUCAGAGGCUAUGGCGCUUCCUGACUGGAUGGUAACGCUGGUCUUCGCCGCAUCCUUCUUCUGUUUCUUAUGUUUAUGUGUCCGCUACAGACGCAAAGCACAAGCUCUCUGGAGGAAACUGUUCAGCAACAUCAUGGCCCGCUCGGAGAAGCCGUUGUUCCGGAUUGCGUACACACUCUACACUAGGACCAGACUGGGCUACAUGUACUACAAGAGACAGAUGAGGAAAGCCCGAGAACAUUACCCUGGUGGACACUCCACAGCUCAGCCCGUGGAGUUCAAUGGUAUCAAAAUAAUCCCCAUCCCGGUACUGUCUGACAACUACAGCUAUCUCGUAAUCGACACAGCUUCCAGUGUUGCAGUUGUUGUCGACCCUGCAGACCCUCAAACAGUUCAGGCAGUUCUUGAGGGAGAGGGAGUGACUUUAGAAGCAAUACUCUGCACACACAAGCACUGGGAUCACAGCGGGGGAAACAAAUCGUUGAAAAGGAUUCACAGCUCGUGCCGAAUUUAUGGAAACGCAGCUGAUAACAUUCCUGGCCUCACGCACCCUCUCUCACACAAGGACACGGUAACAGUUGGCCGAAUGCACUUUAAGGGGCUCUUCACUCCUGGACACACAGUGGGCCACAUGAUCUACCUCCUGGAUGGCCGGGCGGUCGACGCCCCCUCCAGCCUCUUCUCCGGCGACCUGGUGUUCCUCUCAGGAUGUGGGAGGAUGUUUGAAGGCAGCGCCACAACAAUGCUGUCAUCUCUGGACACAGUCGCCUCCUUGAGUGAUGAAACUCUUCUAUGGCCUGGUCAUGAGUAUGCAGAGGACAACCUGCUGUUUGCUGCUGAGGUUGAGCCUCGCAACGCUGCCAGGGAAAACAAAUCUCAGUGGGUGCUGCUGCAGCGAGGCCAGAGGCUGUGCACGUGUCCCUCCACUAUUGGAGAAGAGAAGCAGUACAAUCCUUUCCUGCGCAGCCACUCCACAGACCUCCAUCUGGCCCUGGGUGUGCAGCAGUUCCAGGAUGAAGACUGGACCCAGUUCAGGGCUCGGGUGCUGGAGGAGCUGCGAAAAAGCAAAGACCAAUUCAACAGGAGAUAGUAGUGGAAUCACUAAAAACCAGCUGAACACGGGCAAACAGAGGAGGGAGCUCACCUGUACUGGACAGUGGUACGUUGUAAAAGUAAUGCUGAGCGGAGCGCCGAGGUAUGAAUGAAACGUUAAAGAAACCAGUUUUGUAAAUUCGAAGGGGCAUUAAGUCAUUUUUGACCUUUAUCAACCUCUAUCAGAGACCACUAGGAACAAUAGUCACAACAUAGUCAUUACCUCUCCAUUUACUGUAUAUUGUGCUGGUUUUGUGUUUGCAGACAGAACAGUGCACAGUGUUGCCUCUUUAACACGGAGACAUAAACAAUAAUCUAGAUCUGCAUGAGAAGCUUUCUGUUAUUUUACAUGUUGGUACAAGUAGAUAUGUGAUUCUGCUCUGCAUACUACAUGGGUUCAUUUAGCAUGUUAAGUACUGUAUUUUUAUUGCAUAGUCUGGUUUAUUUUUAAGACAAGCAAAUAGUGCAUUGUUUAAAAACCUUACAUGAAAAUCUUUGGUAUGCUGGUUUCACGUUUACAGUGUUGACUUGAAUAUUUGAUUUUGUUAUAUGAUUUUCAGCAACAAUGGUACGUUUAAUUUAACAAAUCAUACUUGUACUUUGUGUUAGCACAAUGGAUGGGUAUGGAGAAAAACAAGUCUGUACACUAGCCUUUCAUGUGAAUCUUUGUUUGCUGAAUCUAAGAGCAAAUCUUGUUUUGAUUUUUUGUUUUGAGAGAUGUUGCUGAUAGUAGUUCUUGAUGCUUGCGAUUGGGCUACUAGCCCUGUUUCAUUUUAGAAUUCACUAAGGACCUGAUCACACUGAGACGCGUCGCUAGAAAUAUGUAGAGUUGCACCGCUCGUCAUUGUCACAUUUGGCCCAGGCAGCCAAUCAUAUCAAGCAAGAAGCGGGCUUUACUACUACUACUACUACUACUACUACUACUACUACUACUACUACUUACUUACUUUACAAUUAAGAUAGCAGCCCCCGCUCCACAAGUUUUUAAAGUGGCCGCGCCUGUAUCGAAGCGUCUCGGUGUGAUCAGCCCCUUAGAUGUUAGAGGUGGAACACAUGUUUUCUACUUCAGCCCUUUUUUGAAUCUCUCAGCAAAUAAUUUUUUUCUCAAAGGCAGAAUGAGUAGGAUUUGUUGGUUGCGGUUUGGAAACACAACAUUCAAAGUUAGCCCCUCCUCGCCUGCUCAGCGACACCAGAAGCUCACGCCCCUUUACCGCGGUUAGGUUUAGGGUGCUCGCCAGCGGGUGAAAGCCAACCCCAGAUUCCCUCUCGUUUUGGAACGAGCUUUGUCCGCUUGGUGUUUCGCCUCGCUAUAUUUGCAUUUAUUUCAUCAUUUUCUUAGCUUCCUCUUGGAUGUGUGGUACAAUCUGGCACCUGGUCGCUACGCUUUUAUAGAGGUUGACGCCCAGAAAUGUCCCAAACACAGCAAAAUAAGAGAAUCCAGGCAGAGGGCAGGUUCUCUGCAGAUACAGACACCGUCACACACUGAUAAGUGGGUCAUAAGUGAUGAUUGACAGGGAUUAUUUUUGUAUCGGUCUAUUCAUUGUUUGGGGUUUUCUAGGUAAAUCCUACUCAAUCUGCCUUUAAACUAAUUGUUCCACAUUUAGCACUGUACUGUUCAAGUGUUAGUAGUUGCACCGUGUGAACAUGAACAUGAACAUGAACAUGAACAUGAACAUGAACAUGUGUGUGAAGGAUUUGACUGGUAGCGCAUUGUACUGUAUGAAACGGACUGAAUUACUGUAGAAGGGAUGAUUUCUUCUGUUAGCCUGUAGAUAACUAAACAUACAGGGUGAUGUUGAAUCAAGCAAUCUGUAGGCAAUACACUAAUGUUUUGCAAUGAUUUUCGUUUAAAAUGUGUAAUAUUUAAGAGUUAGAUGAUGAUGGAAAGAUCUGUCAUUUUCUUCCUAAUAUGAGAAUACAAUGUGACAUUGACUGCGGUACUCACUUUAAAUUACAGAAGGAAUAUUUUAUAGCCAAUUUGAAAACCAAAAUUGUACAUAUUUUUAAUAUAUUGAAGGAUUUAUUAUACUGUGACGAAACAAUGGACGCAAAUUAUUUCAGUAUAAUAAUAAAAAAGUAUUCUUCCCAUGCACA